AUGACCGUGGUGUCCCAGGAGAACCGCGACGAGACAGUGGUGGUCGGCCCCUUGUCGCCGGAUGACUCGGAGGAGGAGGAGUGCAGCGAGAGGGUGGUCAUCAACAUCUCGGGCCUGCGCUUCGAGACCCAACUGAAGACCCUCUCGCGCUUCCCCACCACACUCCUGGGGGACCCUCGCAAAAGAAUUCGCUUCUUCGAUCCUCUGAGGAACGAGUACUUCUUCGACAGGAACCGACCCAGUUUUGAUGCCAUCCUGUACUACUACCAGUCCGGGGGAAGACUGCGCCGACCGGUGAGCGUCCCCGUGGAUAUUUUCCUGGAGGAGAUCAAGUUCUACGAGUUUGACGAGGAGACAAUCGAGCUUUUCCGAGACGACGAGGGUCUGACGAGGGAGGAGGAUCGGCCUCUGCCUAACAACGCGUUCCAGAGACAACUCUGGCUGCUGUUCGAGUACCCGGAAAGUUCCGGACCCGCUCGGAUCAUUGCCAUCGUCUCCGUUAUGGUUAUCCUAAUAUCCAUCAUAAUAUUCUGCUUAGAGACCUUGCCUGAGUUCCGAGAGGUCCCAGUGUCAGUCCAGGAGCUUCAUGUUAACGGCAGCGCUCACGGAAAGGUGCGCAGUCCCUUCACAGACCCCUUUUUCAUGGUGGAAACACUUUGCAUUGUAUGGUUCUCAUUUGAGUUCACAAUGAGGUUCCUGUCCUGCCCCAGUAAGGCGGCGUUCUUCAAGAACAUCAUGAACAUCAUCGACGUAGUGGCCAUUGCGCCGUAUUUCAUCACCCUAGGACUGGACCUGGCCGAGCACCAGGGCAGCAGCCAGCAAGCCGCGUCGCUCGCUAUCCUCAGGGUCAUCCGCUUGGUCCGUGUUUUUCGGAUUUUUAAGCUCUCCCGCCACUCCAAAGGUCUUCAGAUCCUCGGGCAGACGCUUCACGCCAGCCUCAGGGAGCUGGGCCUCUUGAUAUUCUUCCUGAUCAUCGGGGUGGUCCUCUUCUCCAGUUCGGUGUAUUUCGCCGAAGCGGAGGAUCCCGAAUCGGGCUUUUCCAGCAUCCCCGACGCCUUCUGGUGGGCGGUGGUGACGAUGACAACGGUGGGCUACGGAGACAUGUGCCCCUCCACCAUCGGAGGCAAGUUUGUGGGAUCGUUGUGCGCCAUCGCCGGAGUGCUCACCAUCGCUCUACCUGUGCCGGUCAUCGUGUCCAACUUCAACUACUUCUACCACCGAGAUAACGACGAGGAAGAUCGCUUGCAGUACGUGCACGUGACCUGCGGACAGCCGCAGACCUCCUCCGGGGACUUCAACUCCAGCAAAAGCGAGCGGUCCCUGUCCAAGACAGAAUCCUACCGAGAGGACGACCUGGAAAGCCUCACCCAGAUCGAGAUCUACACCGGGAAGCUGACUGACGUGUGA